GAUUUGAUGUCGGCCUUUUCCGGUUGAGAGCCAUUACGUUGAUAGGGGUGUGAGCCGGUUUCACGUAAUCCUCAGCCAUCUCAAACAGUUUUAGUUUCACGCCACUAAAUCAUAAUGGCGAAAUUACUUGGAAAUUUUCUCUUUCUGAUGCUGCUGUUAUUGCCAACAACAAUGAUGUUGGUUGGACAAGGCAGGACCAGCAACUUUGCCAUGGCUGAAGAUGCUGGCAAUGACCCAAUAGAAGGCGAAGAUGAUGAAGCAACGGUGGAGACAGAUGAGGGAGCACAAACUGGCGAGGGGGCAGACGAAGGAGAAGUUGUUGCCACAGAAAAGGAAGAGGAGGAGGAUCAACCACUUAAACCAUCUGAGAAUGCUGAUACCUUCAUCUUGUUCAUGAAUCCUGACAUCCCUUCUGGUGACAACAGAGAUAUUCCUGCUGGCAAGUUGGUCCGGGUUCUUGUUGGGUUUACCAAUAAGGGAGAUAAGGAGUUUGUUGUGGAAACCAUGGAUGGAUCAUUCCGCUACCCACAAGACUUCUCUUUCUAUGUCCACAAUUUCACUACUGUGUCUUAUAGCCAAGUUGUGGAACCGAAGAAGCAAGCAACAUUUGAAUAUGGAUUCACUGCCAAUGAAGCCUUCAAUGCUAGGCCUUUUGGUCUCACCAUCAACCUCAACUACAAGGACAGUGAAGGCAAUUUCUUCCAAAAUGCUGUGUACAAUGAAACUAUUACUGUGGUGGAGCCUGAUGAGGGUCUGGAUGGGGAAACCUUCUUCUUGUACGUGUUUUUGGCUGCGGUUGCUGUCCUUUUGCUAGUCGGAGCCCAGCAGUUGCUGUCCACUUAUGGAAGGAAACGUCUGCUGCCCAAACACAAACCCAUCGUGGAAAUGGGCACCCAGAAGUCGGAUGUAGACUACGACUGGCUCCCAAAGGAAACGCUCCAGGAGAUGAAUCGUUCUCCUCGGCGUUCCCCAAAGCAAUCACCUCGCCAGCGAAGAAGCAAAAGAUCUUCGGGUUCUGGCGAGGAGUAAAGGAAUGGCGUCAGGAGCGGGCACCAAUUCUGCUGCCCAUCACACGGGAUCACAACAUCCCUGUCAAUCUCAUCACUGUUUUUCACAAUAAAAUAUACACACCUCGUAAACGUAGGCGGUACUGCUUGUCUUUAACUCUAGGAUUAUCAAUUGUAGAUAGGUUUAUUAUGUGGACGCGUCAUGAAUGUAUGUAGCCAGGGCAUCUGCCAUCGUAUGGUUGUAAACAUAAAAAAUGGAAGGCAUUGAGACUGAAUUGAAUUACCUUCGAGUAUUUUGGUUAAAUUUUAUUUUUUAAAUCUUUUUUUUGUUGAGUGAAAGCGUUUUAACACAAUCACUGGUUGCUUUAGAUAAAAUGUGAUAGUUUAUUUAUUUCAUAAUAUUUAUUGAUGCACCUGUGAAUUUGUAAAAGUUGCCAGUUCCAUUACUAUGCAAGCUGAAUUGUACAUACACGACCACCCUGGUCUACAGUUACCUAAUCCGACGUUCAAGAAUAUCUCCAUUCCAAAAUGUCUAUGUACAUUCCUACUUAAUUUUUACAAUAGGAAGGAAAUAAAUCUGGUUAUGGGUUACCUUUGCAAGCUUGCAUAAUUACUUUCUUGAUCUAGUCUGAUAUUGUGUGUAAGACCAUCCAGUUAAUUAUGCCAGUAUGUUUUUGUUUGGCAGUCUGUUGAUAUUAAGCUUUGCUGCUCAUGUAUUUUCGUUAUCUAAGAAAGAUUAGGUAUGUUGUCUAAGAAUCAUCCAAUGCUCAAAUUUUAACUAAGCAAGAUUACAUUGUAUAUUUCUGGACGAGUAUGUGAAUCAUGUAAAUAUCAUUUUAAUAAAAAAUAAAAAAACAAAA